AUGACGGAACCUCUAAGCCCUCCAUGGCGAUGUCGAGGGUGCCCCAUCGCGCCUAUGCAAUUACUCUUGUCCAUCAAUGUUUCCUUGUUCAUUUCUUCAGGGAACAGGUUCCAGGCCAAAAAAGAGCGAGGGACAGCACCACAUCCAGGCGCCGCCUCAGAACGUACGACCUCGACCGUGACCGCAACAACACCGACAAGUGCGUCGACAAGUUCGCCGACACAGCAAGGCCAACCAUCGUUAGGAACAUGGCAGAAAAUCUACACGACAUUGACAUGGACACCGCCAAACUGCCGAUGGGAUCCUUCCCACCCGCCGCAAUUCUCCAUGUCCAUGAAUGUCCUGUUUGCUUUUGCAGCGGGCUUUACGGUCGCGAACCUGUAUUACAACCAUCCGAUACUGAAUAUCCUCGCUCAUGACUUUGGCGUGCGGUAUGAGCAGGUUGCACAGAUUCCAACGGUCAUGCAGGCGGGAUAUGCAGCCGGCUUGUUGUUUUUAUGUCCGUUAGGGGACUUGCUACCUAGACGACCUUUUGUGUGCGGGCUGGUGCUUUUCACGGCGACCAUGUGGCUUGUAUUAUGUUUGACGAGCGAUCUGGGGACUUUCACAGCUAUAUCAUUCAUUGUGGCAGUCACUACUGUAACUCCGCAGUUGAUGCUCCCUUUGGUGGGAGAUCUUGCUCCCCCUAAUCGCAGAGCUGCCGCGUUAUCAGUUGUAGUGUCUGGUCUCAUGCUCGGUGUUCUCGUGGCCAGAGUUCUCUCUGGUACCAUGGCCAACUUUGUGACCUGGCGAGCUGUGUACUGGAUGGCACUUGGUCUGCAGUAUUCGAUCUUCAUCCUAUUAUGGCUCUUUAUGCCCGACUAUCCCGCUACUAAUCCUGGUAUGAACUAUUUUCGCAUCCUCUGGGAUAUUGUCAAGAUGCUUUUCAAGCAUCCUGUACUAGUUCAAGUUUGCUUAGCUGGAAUGUUUUGUUCCGCGCCAUUCACAAGUUUCUGGACGACCUUGACGUUCUUGUUGGCUGGUGAACCCUAUCAAUAUUCGCCUUUGAUCAUCGGGUUAUUCGGCCUUAUUGGCAUCGCAGAUCGUUUCGUUCCACACUUCUCCGUCCUGUUCGGGUUGAGCUGCUCGCUGCUUGGUGUCUGCCUGGGUACAUAUAUUGGACCUUUCAGCGUAUCUGGCCCCGUGCUGCAGGCAUUGCUCAUGGACUUUGGCAACCAGACUGCUCAGAUUGCAAAUCGAAGUUCUAUCUAUGCUGUGGAACCCAAGAGACGAAAUGGGGUGAAUACGGCGUUCAUGGUAGCUACGUUUUGCGGACAGCUAAUUGGAACAGCGGCUGGAAACCACAUUUAUGCCGUGGCAGGCUGGAUCGGGUCAGGUAGUGCGAGUGUAGGCUUCAUUUCUGCAGCCAUCUUAGUCAUGAUUGCGAGGGGACCGUGGGAGGACAGAUGGGUGGGCUGGAGAGGAGGAUGGAGCAUGAGAAAGAAGGACAAGAAUAGUGCAGACGGGAAGACGUCUGAAACGGCAAUGCAUGGGCAGAAAGAGACGGUGGAUGUGGAGGGAGGGCUCGGAAAGAAGGAAAAAACGUUGGAGGAAGUCGCGGCGGAGCCCCUGGUGGAAAGCAAAGUACACCGUUGUGUGAGCGAAAAGAAUAGUAGGACUGCAACAUGUGUAAGAAGGAGCCAUGAAGAUGGCAUCACGGCUGAGAAAGUAGGAUAG